AUGAUGUCAACAGGAAAAGUUAUAAAAGACUAUUUGGUUGAGGAAGCCAUUUCUAUCUAUAGGGAUUAUACAAAAUUUCCAGUUGUGUCCAGUGCUAAAAUCAGCUUGUUAUCUGACCCGCCACAAAUUGUGAUCCAUUCAGAAUUCACACAGCGAGAUCUGGAAAGACGGGAACAAGUAAAAUUCUGCCGGAGUCACCUUUUUACACAUGUCGAUGGGAAUUAUUCUCUCAUUCAUCGAACUCCGCCUUCAGAAUUAGCUAAAGAGUUGUGGAACAAGGAGUCUCCCUCAGGGCGUUUCAGAUGCAUUAUCCGCAGGGUGACCAACCAGAAGGGAGAAGAAAAGGAUUACAUUGAGAUUUGGGAUAAGACUCAUAAAAUUUGGAAUAUUGAUGCCUUUGCUAAAGAAGUUCAUGGAAAAAUUUAUGAACCAGAUGGUCAGUUUGGAAGUUUGGAAUGGUCAGCCACAGAAAAGAGAUUAGCAUUUAUUGCAGAGAAGAAGCUUCCAAAAGGAACGUCGUUCUUUGACUCAAAAGGAAGCAGCAAAUCCCCAGACGAUGAGAAUAAACCAAGUGAAACCAAAGCCAGGGGAGACCAACAUGUAUAUCAUGAAGAUUGGGGAGAAUUAUUGGUCGGUAAACAUCGACCAACUGUUGUUAUUUUGGAUUUGGAAGGAAAUGUCCCAGAAAUUAGUAUCAUGGAUUGUAUUUCUGAUGAUAUAUCCCUUGGCCAGAUACGGUGGGCUCCAGAUGAAACUGGUUUAUUGAUGGUUGGCUGGUGUCAUGAACCCUGGAGGCUUGGCUUGACAUAUUGCCCAAUUCGAAAGAGUCAAUUGUACUUUGCCCAAACAACUGGUGAAGAUGUCAAAUGUUUUGGUGGUGAAGACAGAGCUGUACGUUCUCCAGUAUUCAGUCCAGAUGGAACCAAAGUUGUCUACCUUGACAAUCCAUUUGGUGGACCUCAUUAUCAAUGCAGUCGAUUGAUAGUCAUUGACUGGAUAGAAAAAACAACCAAAGUUAUAUUAGACAUUGUAGAAAAUGUGCAAGGAGAUGAAUUUCCUGGCAUUUUUACACUCAAUCUCCCAGAAAGAUGUUGGGCCAGUGAUAAUAAACGGCUGGUAUUUAGCAGUGUGUGGAAAUCUCAGUUAACUGCUGUUGUUAUAAACACUGAAACUCAGAAUGUAACAAGAUUAAAAAGUCCCGAAAGAGGAAUCGGAGCUACAAAUAUUUUAGAUGUCCAUGGUGAUCAUAUUGUUGCUCAGUAUUCCACUCCCAACAAACCUCAUUAUUUGAUAAUUGGUACUCUUCCUCCAGAGGGUCAGGAGGCUGACAUAAAAUGGACAAAACUUGAUUCUGAUGUUGACCACAAAUUGGAUGGCAUUAUGGUGGAACACUUGAAGCAUAAACCAAUAGAUGGACUGAUAAAUGAAGAAUAUCCUGAUCUGGAUUUUGAAAGUAUCUUUUUGAAACCGUCCGACUGUGCCGAUUCCAAGUUACCUCUCAUUGUGUGGCCACAUGGGGGUCCUCAUUCUUCAUUCCUGGGAGAUUUUCUUUUAUAUCCAUCGGCAAUGUGUGCUUGUGGCUUUGCUGUACUUUUGGUUAACUACCGAGGUUCCAUUGGGUUUGGUCAGAACAGUAUCAAAUCUUUGCUGGGCAAAAUUGGCCAACAAGAUGUGCAAGACAUGCAGUUUGCUGCUGAAUCUGUUUUGAAACAAGGUUGCAUUGAUGAGAAUCAAAUUGCUAUUUGUGGAGGUUCCCAUGGUGGCUUUUUAACAUUGCAUCUCAUUGGACAAUAUCCUGAUUUUUAUAAAGUUGCUGUUUGCAGGAAUCCUGUCACUAAUCUGAUAAUAGACCACCUGCACAUCCAUUUUCUUUCCUAUCAGAAUGUCUCUACUUUUGCAUCUGGGCUCAAUGCAAGUCAGCCUGAAAAGUUGAAUCCUUCAUUUAACAUUGAGACUGGUUCCUUUUAUUGCUAUUCCAUUGUGAUUACACCAACAAUGUUCAUGGUUGGGACUGGAGACUUGAGGGUGCCCCCCAAAUCAGCUCAUGAAUUCUACAAAGCACUAAAAGCUCGGCAGGUUCCUGUCAGAUUCUUGGCUUAUGCUGAAAACAGUCAUCCGUUAAACAAAGUGGAUGCUGAAGCUGAUGCAUUUGUGAACAUUGUCUCUUGGUUCUGGCAGCAUCUCUGUUGA